AUGGGAAAUGCAGCUCUCAAGCAACACGCGGUCCGUCUUCUGGAGCAGCAUGCACCGCUGGUGGUCAAGGACCUUCCAUACGAUGAGCUCUUGGCCCUCUCAGUGCUAGGCAUCUCGGUCAAGUUGCAGAGAUUGGAGCUUCAGGAAAGGGUGCUGGAGAACUUGGCAAUCUUUCUGCCGCUGGAGAUUGAAUGUGCCUGGCUGGAAGAGGUAGAGUUGAGCCUGCGAAGCCGGCUUCACGUGCAUGCCUCUGCUCAGCGCCUAGUGCUGUCUGUGCGGCUGCGAGACUGGGAGCCUUGGCUAUGCUGGAAUGUAGGAUGCGUGCAUGCAAGCUGUCAUGCUUGUCGCCAUGUACUGAGCACAACAAUAUUCAAGCAUGACACAUCUGCUUUCGGUGAGUUGCGUUGA